AUCACACUUCGUACCAUGAUUAUCAUUUACUUGCCAGUGUAAAUGAUUUGCAUGCUUGUGUGGCACGAGCUGAGGUUUUGUCUUCUGCUAAAUUGUAUUGCUCAUUUCCAUAAUGUGUGAGAAUACCUUUGUGCUUAUUCUUUCCAAUGUGUGUGAAAUUGCACACUGUUGUAUAUGAGUUCAAUAGAUGAACAAGUCAUCUUUUCCUUUAUUUAAAUGAUUCUUUUUGCAUAUUAUCAAUUGAAUCAGAAUUCUAUUGAGCUAAAACUCAUGGCCUCAUUUAACAGUAGAAUUGUGCCUUUUGUUUUGCAGCUUUAACAAGUAUAAAAGAUGAGUACAUUGGAUGCAACCAGAGCGGAACUUGGUCUUCUGGUUUUAUAUUUGAACAAGGCUGAAGCCAGGGACAAAAUAUGCAGGGCAAUACAGUAUGGUUCCAAAUUUCUGAGUGAUGGGCAACCUGGUACUGCCCAGAAUGUCGACAGAUCAACCACUUUGGCUCGCAAAGUUUUUCGUCUAUUCAAGUUUGUCAACGAUCUGCAUGCUCUGAUAGGUCCGGCUCCACGCGGAACUCCUCUUCCCUUAAUUUUGUUGGGAAAGUCCAAAAAUGCAUUGCUGUCAACUUUCUUGUUUCUCGAUCAAUUUGUGUGGCUUGGCAGAUCAGGCAUCUACCAGAGCAAAGAACAUACUGAGCUAAUCGGCCGAAUAUCGCUUUUUUGUUGGAUGGGUUCCUCAGUGUGUAGCACCUUGGUUGAGCUUGGGGAGCUUGGGAGACUCUCUGCAUCAAUGAAGAAGUUAGAGAAGGAACUCAAGAACAGUAAUAAAUAUGAUAAUGAGCAGUACCGUGCGAAACUAAAAAUGUCGAAUGAGAGGACUCUUGCGCUUAUCAAGGCAGCAAUGGAUAUAGUUGUAGCAGUUGGGCUGCUUCAAUUGGCACCCAAGAAAGUUACUCCCCGUGUGACCGGUGCCUUUGGAUUCGUCACUUCCCUAAUAUCUUGCUAUCAGUUGCUUCCUGCCAGAAGCAAGCCCAAGAUUCUGUGAAGAUGAAGAGACAGACUCAAUCUGAUGAUAUUGCAUUGUAGUUGUAAAGUAAUUAUACAAGUUUGUACUGAACCAAAUUAUACUAGUUUGUAAGUUAAAUGUUGUUGGAUGUGUGCAAUGAUCAUUGUGCUGGUGGCUACUGAGGUGUCAUUAUAAGUAGUACCAAUUAUUGUGCCAUGAACUCCGUUUAUCAAUUUUUAGUCAUUUUUUUCUUUUGGUAGAAGUGUCUAUUGAUAGGGUUUUGA